CAUUUAAUGAACAGUUCGGAAACAAGCGGGGAAGACGCAUGCGAAGCAGAUUAAUCUGGUUGCAGCGGUAAAAUCCGCACCAGAGACAACAAUGUAGUGUGAUGGUGGUGGGUUCCACUUCUGUGCUCUGUAGUCCAGGGGUUGUGCCCUCAACAGGAGUUGGUGACCUGGGGAGAGGAGCCAUGCACCCAUUCGGCCAUGAGGGGGAGAGGUCCCUCCAGCAGCUGUUUGGUUUCUUCACGCUUUGCCUGCGAUGUGGGGAGUGGGAGCUGGCGCUGGCCUGCGUGCCUCAGCUCAAGCAGGCCGGGGGAGAGUCCGCACAGCGGCUGCUGGACAUACUGAAGGCCAUUGUCACCUGUCCAUAUCUGCUCAUGUGGGAAACGGUAGGCAGUCCUCAUCGACUGGCUUGGCUCUGGCUACAGAUCUUGGAGAGAUGGUCUCAGGAACAGGUUGCCGUGUCAGUUCGGAGAGAGCUGGAAUUCCUGCUUGUUCUGGAGCAGCUGGGUGAUGAAGUUCCGGAGACUGUGCUCCAGGAGCUCCACCAGGCUUUCCUGGACACCCAGCUGGAGAGGAGGGGGGCAGAGGGAGAAGCAGCAGCCCUGAGCGUGGAGGCCAAGCGCUGCAUUAGUGCCCUGUUGGAGGGGGGCAGGCCUAGACUCGCCCAGGCGCUUGACACAUUUCUGCAGAGACACAGGGGAAGUGAUGAUACGGCUGAGAAGAGCCACAUCCUGCAAGAUACCUUCAUCCACUUCCUGCUCGACAGGCUGGGGCGGCUGGGGCCCGAGGACAGCGAGAAGGCAGAGCAGCUGUACUCCGUGCUGGCUGUGAUGCCCUGGGACACUGAGCACGCGGGGGAUCUGCAGCAGGAGCUGUGUGGGGCUCUGUGGAACGCUGGCGGUCGCCCGCUGAGGGAGGAGAGAGUGCUGAGCGCCUUGCUGCGGCCCCGAUGCCACACGCCGCUCUCCCUCUACUGCUCCACCGCCCUGCGGCUCCACAGGGAUCAGCUGCUGAGGGACCCGCCGAGCGCACAGGUGGAUUUACCUGAGGCAGAGAGGUUAAUGAUGAGCCUGUGUUGGCAUGGUGAUCGUGCAUCAGCUUGGAAGGCCAUUUAUUUUGAAUGUCUGAGCACUGGCAAGCACUUCCUGGAGCAGGUUUUGGUGACGGCAUUGGACCUGAUCAGGAAGGAGGAUUUCGUCAGGCUGGAGGACCUGUUGAAGGGGGAGUUCCGCCCUCUGUCCCGCCUGCUGCUGCUGCUGGGCUGGACUCACUGCCAGAGCAUGAGUUCCGCUCAGACGCUGCUGCAGAAGCUUCAUCACAGCCAGGCCCUGGCCAGUGACUCUGUGCUUAAAGAGUUUGGUGAUGGCCUGUCGUCCCAGCUUGGAGUGCUGGAGUGGUGUGUUGAGAACAACCCAGGGAUCUCGAAUGAAGCCCUGCUGGGACAGCUGCACACUCUGGACAGUCACUCUGCCCUCUUCAUCCUCCACUGCCUCACCCCCCUUGCUCAGCUGGAGGAGCGGAAGGUCCUAGGCAUGCUGCUUCAGUUGCCCCACACCCCUGGAUCAGGGGAUUCUGACCUGGCGGACACACCCAAUCUGGCUGUGCGGCGGAACGUGGUUCUCUUCCAGGGCUUCUGUGCCAUGAAGUAUGCGCUAUAUGCCCUGUGUGUCAAUGCCCACAAGUACUCUGGCUGCAGGGAGUGUGGAGCUACAAAAGAGCCCCAUCAGACGGGAUCAGAGGAAGAGCUGGAGCGAGAAGUCUCUGCACCUUCACAAGGGUGCCCUCCACUCUUCCAGCAGUACCUGUCGGAGUGCCAGCUGUACUUGGAAGCGGUGCCUGCCAUGUUCCGACUGGAGCUCCUUGAGAACAUUUUCUCGCUGCUCUUCUUGUCUAACACUGACUUCAUCCAUCGGGAGGGAGAGGGUGGGCCUCCACAGGGGGGAACAGACAACUAUGACCUUAGACGGGUAGGUGGAGAAGGGGAAGAGGUGUCUAAAACUGAGAGGAACACAAGCAAAGAAGUCUUACAACAACAACAGCAGCAGCCUCCCAACUCUCACGCACAGGGCCAUGCCCCCAGCCACAACCACCUGGACCUGGGGCACUUCACCCAGGGGUGCCGGGGGUUCCUGGUGGAUAUGGUGGCCAUGGAGGGCUUCUUGAAGCUGUUGAGGGAGAGCCUGGAGGGGGUGUGCGUGGUGGGCCAGCAGGACGGGCAGGGGGAGGGGCGGGCGUUGGCUGGCGAGGCCGAGGUGGCCGAAAGCCUGGGCUGUUCGGUGACGGCUGAGACGUUUGGGGCGCGACUACAGAGGCUGUCCAAGCGCACAGCUGAAGCUCAGUGGAGACUGCAGAUCAUCACCAGCAACCAGGGCAGCAGCAAAGAUGGGAAAUCCCAGCUUUCAGUAUUGGCCAGCCCCGCUCUGUCUCUGAGACGGACUAACAGCGGGGGAGUGAGGAGGAGGAGAAAGAGGGCGGGGCGACUCCGCGCAGAGCGCCAUGUAUCAGUGGAGAAACAGAACGGAGAGGUCAGCACCAGCACCUCAGAUGGAGGAGGUGGGGCAGGGAUUGGGCAGGCGGAGCGAGAGGUGUGUCCCUGUGGCGGUCCUCACACCUGGCUGGUCCCGGCCAUGCUGUCCCCGCCAGAGUCGCUGCUCAUGUCCUGCAUCCGCAGGGGGAACUUUGUGGAGGCACACCAGGUGUCCCUGAUGUUUGGGCUGGAGGGCUCCUCGUGCUGUGGGGAGUUGGUGUUCAUGGAGACGUACCGGGAGGUGCUGGUGGAGCUGAGCGAGGUGGAGCAUAAGAUUGAGAACCAGUCGUCGGAAGGGUCAAGCUCGACAGGACCAUCCCGGAGCCGGCUCAGCAGCAGCGGACGCUCCACGCUUCAGGCCAUUGGCAGCGCGGCCGCAGCAGGCAUGGCCUUCUACUCCAUCUCAGAUGUGGCCGACCGGCUCCUCAGCACCCCGGGCCACCCCGUGCCCUCGCUCGAAGAGGGGUACUGGCUGAGCCAUGGGGUACCGGAUCCCUCUGGCCUUCUGCGCCCCCUGCUGGAGGAGCUGAGCCCCCCAGGGAUGGCGACCUUUGACCUGGCGUGUUGUCACUGCCAGCUGUGGAAGACCUCCCGCCAGCUCCUGGAGACGGCGGAGCGGAGGCUGUACAGCUCUUUGGAGGGGAGAGGACUAAGACUGGACCCCAGGGUUACUCAUUGCGAGGGGAUCAAAGGGUUCCCUGCCGUACUGCAGCAGAUCAGCAAGAUUCUGAAUCACACGGCCAGUGGCAAGGGCUCAGCCAAGACAGAGACCGUGAGCGAGGAGCAGGUGGGAACGAGCCCGUUCGGCUGCAGCGCGCAGGAGGUGCUGCUGUGCUGCCACCCGAUGCUGAGCGAGGAGGGCAUCGGCGCGCGCCUCGGCCUGGCCCAGCGCCUGGAGCUCACCCUGCAGACGCUGGCCACCGCCACUGACACAGCAGUGGAGGCCCGUGCGGGCGGGGGUCUCCUGGCCAUGCUGGUGGAGCAGGCCAACCUGAGGCCGUCGGAGCUGGAGGCGCACCCGGUGCGCUCCCACAUGAAGCAGCUGCUCCGCUCCCUGGACCAGCUUUGCCCCUUCGAGCCCGACAGCGCCCUCUGCAGGCCGGACUACGUGCGCAGCUUCCUGGACUACGUUAACACCCUGGCCUCGGUGCUGGUGCGGAGCCUGGGCUCUGAAGAUCAGACUAGUGAAGUGAAAUUGGGGAACCCCCUCUUGGUGCUGUUACAACCCCCCUCACAGCUGCUUUCCAGUUUGCUUUUUGAUCGACAGGUGUCCCCUGACAGGGUGUCGUCUCUGUUGCAACAGGAGGAUUUGGAGCUGAGCGUGCAGCAGGUGAUCGUACAGCGAUGUUGCGAGCUCCUCCCGGUGUGGGACACCCGUCUGAAAGCAGGGCAGGAGGCUGGGCCCAAGGCAGGAUAUGUGUUUGGGCUGGGCAGCAUCACGGUGCUGCUGCAGCUCCACGCCCAGGAGCACGCCUCUGUGCUGGGCCUCACCGACGCUACGGCCGACUUCGCCUCUGACCCGGAGGCCUCGCCCGAAGAGCCCGCCGCUACACCCACCUCGCCUACCUCGCCCACCUCCCCGCCCUCUCCGCUGCCGCCAUCUUCUUCCUCCUCCUCCUCCUCCUCCUCCUUCCUUCUCACCCCGUCGGCUCUGACCUUUCUGAAGUCGCGCUCCCCUCUGCUGGCCGCCCUCGCCUGUCUGAGCGCGUGCCGCGGGGGCAUGGCCCGCGCCUCGUCCGCCUGGUCAGGGCUGCCUUCCUACUUCCGCGGGGGGAGGAAGGAGGCGGUGUUGGACACUGAGCAGGUGUGCAGGGAAGGGGAGACCCUGCUGAAGGAGUUCCCUGUGCUGCAGGCCUACCUGCAGGCCAUGGCCGUGCCCCUGCUGGGAGCGCAGGGAGGCUCUGAGGAGGGCGGGGGAGGGGCGGGGCUGGCUGCGGCCCUGUGCGGGAAGCCGCUGGUCAUCCUGCUGCUCUCAGGGCUGUGCAAGAGCUCCACUCAGGCGCUGGCUGCCGAGGCCUUCCAGCAGGCACUCACCACCCAGGACUUAAGCCGGGCUUUGAGCCUCCUCGAGCUGUACGGGCAGAGCUGUGGCCAGGUGGGGGCGCUCCGCGACCGGCUGCUGGCCUGCGCUGCGCUGGAAGAGGGGGAGGGGAGCAUGGAGCAGCUCUUUCGAGUGCGGCACGCUGACCUGCGGGCGCGGGUGGCCCUCCAGGGCCUGGAGCACUGGCCCCACAGUGCCUGCCUGGAGCUGCUGCAGUUUUGCCUGAGUGACGCUGACACAGAGCAGGGACUGCGAGCGGAGAUGGAGCUGAGGAAGAGAGAGCUGGAGAUCUACCACAAGAUGCUGAAUCUCAACCCCCCGUUGCCCUGGACAACAUGGCAGGAGCUGAGGGCAGAAUCUAAGAGUGGCACUGAGUCGGUUUUCUGUAUGAUGCUGGAAGCCAAUGAGUUUGAGCUGUGUGCACAGUGGGAGCAGCUGUACCCUGUGUCUGCGCAGCUGAGACUGCAGCUGCAGACGGAACACCUGCUUCACCUGCUGGAGAGGGGGCAGACGGAGGAGGCCUUUCAGCUGCUGGAGAGCCUCCCUGACUCUGCACUGGGAUUGGAUGUUUGUGAGCGUGCUCUGGACCGCCGUCCUGGGCUGGCAGCGUGUCACUUCCUGGCCGAUUAUCUUACCCUGCACUUCCAGAGUCGAGUGUCACCUGCUCGGCGACGUCACAUCCGUGCCCUGCACCUGGGCUCUAAGGUGCUGCUCACUUUGCCCCCAGGUGCUCGGCAGGACUACUUCCCCCUGCUGUCCAACCCCCUGCUGAUGCUGGAGCAGCUGCUGAUGAACCUGAAGGUGGACUGGGCCGGGGUGGCGGUGCACGCGCUUCGGAACCUCCUCGUGGGCCAGGAGGCCAGCUUCAGCAGCAGCGACAUCGACGCUUUGCUGUCGAGCUAUGCGCGCAAAGCCCUGGACGUCCCCUACGCUCCCCGGGAGAGAACGCGCUCUGACUCGGUCAUCAGUCUUCAGGACGUCCUGAUGCAGUGCCCUGCUCAGGAGAGCUGCCCCCCGUCCCCCAGUGUGGAGACAUCGCCGUCUACAGCCGGCAGCACCCCCCAGCACGCCCCUUCCGCCUCCUCGGACAGGGAGAGGGAGCGGGGCUCGGCUGGCCGCAAGACCAGGUCUCCCUCCCAGUUCAUCCCCCCAGAAAAGCCUCCCAACCGCAAGGACUGGAUCCCUGACCACCAGCAGCCCAUCUGCAUGAUCUGCCUGCGGGAGAGAUUCACCAUGUUCAACCGACGGCACCAUUGCCGGCGCUGUGGCCGCCUUGUGUGCAAUGCCUGCUCUGAACACAGGAUGGCGGUAGAGGGGUGUGCUGGGGAGGCUGUGCGUGUGUGUGACCAGUGCUACAGCUUCUUUCACCAAGAUGCUGAUGAAGAACUGGAACAGGCAGAGGUAGCUGGUAGCCCCAUGGUGACAGAGGGGGGUACGGGGGGUGUGCUGUGUCUGCCGGAGGUCCCCCAGCACCAGUACAAACUCACCCUGAAUCCAACUGAAAACCAGCAGCUGCAGUCAGAGUUCUACUAUGAGCAGGCGCCCAGCGCGUCCCUGUGCGUCGCCAUCCUGUCUCUGCACAGCGACCACACGGCCUGCGGGCACCAGCUCAUCGAGCACUGCCGCUCGCUGUCCCGCGCGCUCACCAACCCCGAGGUGGACGCCCGGCUCCUCACCGACGUCAUGCGCCAGCUGCUCUUCAGCGCCAAGCUCAUGUUCGUCAAGGUGGGGCGGAGCCAGGACCUGGAGCUGUGCGACAGCUACAUCAGCAAAGUGGACGUGCUAAAGAUCCUGGUGACGGCCAACUACAAGUACAUCCCCUCUUUGGAUGAUAUUUUGGAGCCUGCAGCAGUCACUCGCCUCCGCAACCAGCUGCUGGAGGCGGAGUAUUACCAGCUGGCUGUGGAGGUGUCCACGAAGAGUGGUCUGGACCCCAGUGGGGUGUGGCAUGCAUGGGGCAUGGCCUCUCUGAAGGCAGGGAACCUCAGUGGUGCUCGGGAGAAGCUUGCUCGCUGUCUGAAAGCUCCAGUGGACCGUAACCAUCUGAACCUCGGGCCCAGGCCGCUGCAGGAGAUCAUCCAGUACCUGGAGUCAACAGUCCGGCCCACACUCACUCCGGUUGCCAGGCAGCAUGCUGAGGAUGACAUCCUCGCGUCGCUGCGGGAGCUGGAGGAGGCGCUGGCUGACCCGGGACCAGCGGAGCGACCAGAGGGGCGGAUCCAGCAGAGCGCCCACUAUCAGGAGUGCCUGCACUACCUGAGCACCUACGGCACUCACCUGGCGCUGGUCUGCUUCCACAUGCGGCAUGAUGACAUGAGGGAGGCGCUGCUGCAUCUGCUCAAAGUGGAAUGUCCGGAGGAGGUGUUCCUGGAGGGGGUGCUGCUGCCCAGCCUGGAGCGCGGCCGUUUAGGUGCUCUGCAGGGUCUGCUGGAGGGUCUGGACCCAAGCCUGGAGGGGUGGAGCCGCUACCUCAUCGCCUCUUGCCAGCUGCUGCAGCGUCGCGGACACCUCCACACCCUGUACCAGCUGCAGCAGUUCAUGAUGGACCACGUGCGCGCGGCCAUGAUCUGCAUCCGCUUCUUCACGCACGGCGCCCAGUCCUACCUGCAGUUGGGCGAGCAGCAGCGCUGGCUGGUCAGGGCCAAGGAGCACCUGAGGACCUACCUGCAGGAGCAGCAGGGGCGUGGUGCCGCACGCAAGAGAUCCCCCAGCUCCUUCCGCAAGAAGAUGUCCUCCAGUGACGUGUCCAGGCACAUAAACACAAUCGAGCUGCAGCUGGAGGUGACACGCUUCCUGCACCGCUGCGAGAGCUCCGCCUCCUCCCGGGCCUCUGCCACGGCCCUGCCCCCCAGCGGCACCGCCCAGCCCCCCACGCUGUUCGGAGGCAGCCCCAUGAAGAUUGAUGUGGCCUGCAAGGUCAUGCUAGGGGGGAAAAACAUCGAAGAAGGGUUCGGCAUCGCGUACAGAGUUAUACAGGACUUCCAGCUGGAGGCGCUGGCGGUGUACGUGCGUACGGGCCAGCGGCUGGUGCGGCAGAGGCAGUACGGGGCGGUACGGCAGCUGCUCAAGUGCGUGGGCGAGUCGGGCACCGCCACCAAGGGCGACUGCGACGCCAUCGUGCUCAGCUGCGUCUCCAUCGCCGACAAGGGGCCCGCUGACGCCAAAGAACUGGAGAGUCUGAUUCUGGAGUCAAAAAGCACAGAGAACAAGAUUAAGGCCUACCUACAGUGCAGCAAGCUGCGAGCCGCAUACCUGCUGGCAGUGAAGCUGGAGACGGGCCUGGCGGGCCCCCUGGUGCAGGAGAUACUGCAGGCGGCUGAGAGCGCGGGCGACUCUGUCAUGCAGGAUAUCUGUCGUCAGUGGCUGUCAGAGCACCAGGACCGGGCCUCGCGGCAACGGCAGGGACGCAGCAAUGCCAGGUAACGAGAUAAAUGGUAGCAUGGGCAAUGAGUACAGGUCAGUCUGGAACCGCGGCUGUAGCCUGACGGUAUGAAGACGGACCGCGGGAGAGUUCCCGUGUGUGUCCGCGAGAAGACGCUGCUGCUCACCCAUGGGACUCAACCCUCUGACUGAGACUCAAACACCGCUGUGCCAUCACUGCCACCUGGAGAAGCUUUUGCAGGUGUCAGCACUGUGAAAUGGGACAGGGAAACCACCACAAAUUGUUUGAUGCUUCCUUUUUACAAAAUCCAGAAACUGGUAAAUGCAAGAAACUUAGUUUGUUACAUUUUUCCUACCCUGACUCUCUCUCCUACCUCAAUGAAAAGGGAUUCUUCCAUUGCCACUCAAAAAAAAAAACACUCAACUUUGCAGUAUAUUACUGUGUGGCACACUGGAAUAUCAUUUUUCUUCUUGUCGUCUUGCACAAGUAGCAGUUUUUUUCUAGCUUUGAAGGAAAGGCAUUGCAGAUUACAGGGGUAAUCCCACUUCAGAAUGUGGUCCAAUCAACAGUUAUCACCACUUGAGAAUAACAAAUGACCGCCAAAAUACUCUGAUUGUUUUAUCAGUGAUUCAUUCCUAGAGUUAAAACUAAAUCUGAGUUGAAUUGGAAAGAAUAAUAUAUAAACAUCUUAUCCAAGAGGAGAUGUAAAUAUAUACAGUGUAUAUAUAGGAUUAAAGUUUACAUGUUGGUUUUCUCCUACCUAAUCCUGUACCUGCCACCCUGUAUCCCAUCAUCCUUUCUGAUUGCUCCCAGAGAGGGAAACUUGACACAAGACGAACUAGAUACACAAUGGCAUUGGGGUAUUAUAAGGGAAAUCAUACUGAAGAUAACUUAAAAUAGAAAAAUAUAACUAUAUAAAUGGAUUUAGUAAGGGAUAAGAGCCUGAUUCAUGAAGAAAUUGUAGGACAGUAUUUCAAACCAGUCAUAGUAGCACAAGAAUGGAAAAUUCCAGCUUCCUCAGUAACUCAUAAUGUAACCUUUAGUUAAUUGGGUUUCAUUUGAAGUUUUUCCACUUUUGUUUGAUAGGCUGCCUAGAAUUGUUCCCUGUCUUGUCGGAUGUCUGUGUUUUGUGGGGAUGGGAAUGGUUCUCUUAGACAAUCUGUGUAAGAUUGACCAACCAAUCGGGGCACACGUGCCGUGCUGUCUCUAUAUCAUUACUUCCUGUCUGUGACCUCAUUGUUUCUCUGUGCUCUGCCUCAUUCUGUAUAUCCUCUCUAACUCUUACCUGCUGUGUUGUUGACAGUCUCUCUGGCCUCUUGUUUGAGUAUAGCAGUCAGUUUGUAAAUGUUAACUUGCCUCGAAACAAUCAAUCUUAGAGAGAAGACACCACUUGAGAGCCACCAUGCCACCAUGAAUGAUUUUACAAAAUUUAUACGAUCACUAAAACUUUGUUUACACAUAUUUGAAUACUAAUUGUUUUUACUAAUGUUUUGGUGGAUCUUAUUUUUAAAAACAUGUGAGGUUCAUGAGAGAUUUUCUUAAAAUACAGUACACAACUUAUUGAUAUUAGGUAUG